AUGGCUCUCUACUCUUUCGUUGACCUAGCGCUAUGUCUACUUGUUUCUCUUCUGGCUGUUCCAGCAUUCGCAAGUCCUGUGAACAGUACAGCGUUCACCGAACUUAGUGGAAAGGCCCGCGGCAUUUUGGAGCGUUCGACUCCUGCUGCACCUCAUUGGGUUGUAUACGCCGAUGCAUACCAGUCGGGGGUUACUGGACCACCAGCAGCGUCAGCAAUUGAGGGUUUCAAUGUCUUCGCGUUGUCCUUUCUUCUUAUAGAAGGGGCAUGGGACAAGGCCGCCGAAUGGACAACGCUCACAAGUUCUGAGAGAUCGGCUAUCAAAGCAGAAUAUGCCGCCGCUGGCAUAUCACUUAUAGUGUCCGUCUUUGGUUCUACCGAUAUUCCAACCACCACCGGAGCGGAUCCGGUCGCGACUGCCAACACCAUGGCUGCAUGGGUCAUUGAAUACGACUUGGAUGGUAUAGACGUUGAUUACGAGGACUUUGCCGCUAUGAACUCAGGUGUAGCCGAGGCCUGGUUGACGAGUUUCACUACCCAGCUGCGGGUGCAUCUUCCUCAGGGUUCCUACAUCCUCACCCAUGCUCCCGUUGCCCCUUGGUUCACGCCCACCCAUUAUCCUGGCGGCGGAUAUUUGAAAGUGCACGCGAACGUCGGAAGUUUAAUCGAUUGGUAUAAUGUUCAAUUCUACAACCAGGGAGCCACUGAAUACACGACCUGCACCGGGUUACUGACCACUUCGUCUUCGACAUGGCCCAAGACUGCCUUGUUCCAGAUCGCCAAUAGCGGUGUCCCCCUUAAUAAACUGGUCAUUGGAAAACCAGCGACGGCUAGCGAUGCAAGCAGUGGUUAUAUGACUACCUCGACUCUAGCAUCCUGCUUACAGACUGCGAGGAAUCAGGGUUGGAAUGCCGGCGCGAUGGUGUGGCAGUACCCUGACGCUGGAGUAUCUUGGAUUGCUACAGUUCGCUCUCUUUCUUGGGCUGUUUGA